CCUCUGUAGCCGUGGCGAUCCCGUCUCCCUCAAACGUCGGCUACCGUCCGGGCGACAUGGCGCUGCUCGGUCUGGUGAUGGCGGCGCUGCUGGUGCUCUGCCUCAUCGUCAUCGGCUUCCUGAUUUCCCGCCUGUGGAAGGGAAACGCUGGCGUGGACAAAAUCUGUGAGUGCCUGGGCCCCUGCCUGAAGUCCGAGCAGCCGCGCUCCGGACACCGAGACUCGCUGCAGUACACCAACGACGGCUUCCAGAACGAGACCGACUCGAGCCGCGGCCGCCGCUGGAACAACGCCGUCCCCAGACGGAGCACCUUCCCCCAGGGCCGGGGCCGGGUCAUCCCUCUGGAGAGGCGGAGCCGCCACUGCUCCUCCUGCGGCGUCUACACCAACCACGUCGCCAAGGGGAGCCCGUCAGUGAGGCCGUCCAGGAGGGGCCGCGGGGACGGGGACGAGUACAGCAAGAGGUCGAUCCUCGCCAAGCAGAGGAGGAAGGAGGGCCAGAAGACGGUGUGGUUCAAGGAGAGCGAGGACUCGUCGGACAUCGAGGUGGAGAUCAUCCCGGACACCGUGGGCCGCGUGGAGGAGGAGACGGAGGAGGAGCUGGAUAUGGAGGGGGUCGUCAGAGACCCGGCGGCCCCGCAGAGGGAGUCCGACGGCGGGCAGGAGAGCGCGGAGCCCGGCGAGGAGCGGGACGGUGAAAACGACGGCUCGGAGAAAGAGAAGAGAGGCGAGGAGCAGGAGGGCUGACGGCAGAGGUCAGAGGUCAAACUCCAGCUGGAGGACAAACUGAGCUGUUUGUUUCGUGGUCGGUGUUUGGAGACGGCGGCCGUCAGCGGGCGAGGACGAGUCCUCCGACGUCUCUGGAAAACUGCCAAACGUCAACAAACACGAGGAUCCCAAAAAAUAUUUAUUUCUACUGUGAGAAUCUGAGGAGGCCGAAAUCGCGGCCAGAACUUUACACGAUGAUCGAAACUCGCCACGAGCGUCGAACACGAAGAGACGAGAUUUUUAUAAAACGCUCAAACCGAGAAGACACCAGGGUUCCUGCAGCUUCAGAAGAUUACAUUUUAUUAUUGUA